AUGGACUGUAACUGCGUCUCGGACCUGCUCUUCACUCCGCCGGUGCCGGCACUCUGGACUCCGGGCUUCGCCUUCCCCGACUGGGCCUACAAGCCCGAGUCGUCCCCGGGCUCCCGGCAGAUCCAGCUGUGGCACUUCAUCCUGGAGCUGCUCCAAAAGGAAGAGUACCAGGGUGUCAUCGCGUGGCAGGGGGACUACGGCGAGUUCGUCAUCAAGGACCCCGACGAGGUGGCCCGCCUGUGGGGGAUCCGCAAGUGCAAGCCCCACAUGAACUAUGACAAGCUGAGCCGGGCCCUGCGCUAUUACUACAACAAGCGCAUCCUUCACAAGACCAAAGGCAAGAGGUUCACCUACAAGUUCAACUUCAGCAAAGUCGUGCUGGUCAACUACCCACUGCUGGACAUGGCCACGGCCCCUCUGCUGCUGGCCCCGGGGCCCUUUGGAGGGGCUGCUGGGCCCGACGGGCCUCCCCUCACUCCCGAGACGCUACAGAGCCUGUUCUCCACCCCUCGCUUGGACCCGGGAAGCAGGACCCCGCUGUUUGCCCAACACCUCUCUGCUCCGGACACGGACAAGCUCCGGCUGGAUGGGCCAUUUCCCUUCCUGGGCUCUGGUACUGCUGGCUACUCGAAACCCCCGGCCCUCCUGAGCCCCUACGGCCGCACCUUCCCCGAGUACCCCUGGAACUUUAACCCCUACUUGGCGAGCCCCUUCCCCAAGCUGCCCGCCUCUCUGUACCCCCCGCAUUUCUACCCCAACCCCCUAGCAGGAUCCUUGGGCCAGCUGCCCGCGGGGCCUGGGGGAGGAGGCGCUGCCACAGCCCCGCUCCUGGCAGGCCCCGCGGGAGACGGCCCCGGGUCCCAGAGGACAAGCCUGGCCCCGGGUGCCCGUCUAGCCCUGCCAGGGACAGGGGUCCCCGAGGUUCCCUCUCUGGGGCCCAAGGAGGAAAGCGACUCGGAGCUGGAGGUGACCGACGUCAGCGGCUGCAGCUCGGACAGUGAGGGUGACGACGGCGCUCCGGGGCCCCCCGAGGGCCAGGGGGGCCGAGGCGGGCCUGGGAGCUGA